AUGGGGGAAAUAAGAGGUCCGCCCAGGGAGAGCCCCCUGUCCCUGGGCCCGAGCGUACGGCGCGUAGCGUUCCGCGCGCACCUCAAAGAGCCAAUAGACCACCACAGACGGGGCCCUAAAGGGCUGAUGUUCAGCCGGGGUUGCGGGGUAAGCGCAAUAAGGUACCGCGACCUCGGCACAGAGCAGGAGAAGGAACAGGGGGAGAAGGUUCUUAGCAAAGAAAAUAAUAGAAAAGUAGAGUGGAAGAUUAGGAAAAAGCGAGCGAAGCAACCAUGCGAAGCGGGGGCGGGCCGCUUUAUUCUUCUUCAUAGUAGUUUCCCGCUUGAAGGAGCCACUCCUUCAAGCGGGAAGCCUGAUGUCAUAUGUUUUGACACGACGCCUUUCUUGUUGGGACGCCUUACUCUUGAACUCAUGGCCUGGGCAAUUUGUUGCCGUCUUUAUUUGGUCUACUACGUGCUCUGGUACAAUCAGAGUUUCGUUGUACUACUAGACGCUCUAUAG